AUGGGGUAUCUCCAACUCACAUAUUUUUUUGCAGAUGACAUGUUUCUUUUUUGCAAUGGAGAUAGAAGGAAUGUGAGAAGGAUAAUGCAAACACUAGCUGAAUAUCAAAUAUCCUCUGGCCAAACAGUAAGUGGAGUCAAGAGUAAAUGCUUUGUAGGUGGUACGACUCAAUUUAAAAAAGAAGCAAUAGCUGGUGAUUGUAAUAUGCAAUUGGAAAGUUUCCCAGACAAAUAUCUUGGUGUAAUGCUAUUCUCUGGUAGAGUUAAAUCAACACAUAUAUGGGGUGAUCCAAGGUCAAGGAAACUUGUUACUUUGAAAUGGGAGAAGGUAUGUGUGCCAUUUAAAGAAGGAGGUAUGGGAAUUAGAAGUUUGGAGGUGAUUAAUAAAGCUCUACUAAUGAAACUUAUAUGGAAAAUUCAACAAGGUAAUGAUGAAUGGGUCCUUUUCUUCCACGCUAAAUUUAAAAUGAAAAAUGGAGAAUGGAUUACUUAUCACAAGCAAUCAUCUAUCUGGACAGGUAUGAAAUGGGUUAUGUCUGAGGUUAAAAUUCAUUCUAGGUGGAUUAUAUGUGAUGGAGAGGAUAUAUCUGUAUGGAAUGAUGCAUGGAUUAAAGAGAAAGCUCUAAGCAAUCUGUUUCCAGAAAAUGAUUAUAUACAGUUGCAUAAGAACCAGAAAAUUAGCUCUCUUAUCAUUAACAAUGAAUGGAACAUCCCCUCUGAGAUGCUAAAUUUCUUUGGAAUUCAAGAACUGCCAGUAAUAGAUGGAAGAAAAGUCAUACUUAUUUUGGAGUGGUUCAAUAUAUGGCAAAUUCUCUGUUGCUUCUAUAGUUCAGUGCAUAAGAGUUCUACCUUGUGGAGUUGGAUUUGUAAUGUUUUCAAAUUCAGCAAUCCUACUUCCUUUCAAGAUGUUUUGGGGAUGGCAAAUUACAAGAUCUCAGUGAUUAAAGAACUGUGGAUAGCUGCAGCCUUCAUUAUUCUCAGGUGA